AUUACGAACGAACUGCGAACUGUAAACGUGUGCAACGAAGUUUUAGAAGUUUUAUUAACCGCUCUUGGAAGGAUUGUUAAUCAAUUGUUAAUCAACAAAAAAAAACAAACAUAUACAAGUCAACCAGUCGCU